AUGCCUCAGGCCGAAAGCCCAAGGUCAGGCACCCAGGCACCCACGGUUACUCAACCAUCGUCGAAUCAUCUCCAACUUCUAAGCGCCCUCAUUGCCGCCGGCCUCUGCAUCUCACGCCCAGUCGCAGCGUACCUUGGCGAGGAGCGAGUGCUAACAAUCUUCGCCGAUAUCCAUUAUUAUUUCACGGCACCGAUCCCGAAGCCCGCCCUCCAUCGGUUCGAUAAGAGCUCCUACCUAUAUCUAUACCACAAUGCCGCGCAGCAGAAAACCAGGCUCGAGGUAGCUAAUAACCCCGGCACCCCCGACCAAGAUGCCUUCAACGGGACUCUCGAUCAUGCCCACCUGCGCCAUUCCACAACAUUUCCUACACGAUGCACCUUGACUGUUGACGGCCAAGCACAAUCGCAGGGAGGGCUGGCCUUUGCCCCGCCUCCGGGCAGCGCGAAUCCGUACGAUUGGCAGUUGCCGACGAGUAACCCUACCAGCGAGAAUGCCUUCCAGCGGUUACACACUCUGGACAUAUACUUUUGGACUCAGGGCGACGCCGAUCAGUUUCUGGAUUCGAUCGAGCAGUACUUGUCUCGUACUCAACUAGAGACCGACCGGCACCCCUUCCCGCCACCUCCAGAGGCCACCACCACCACAAGUACCAUAGUACAGCAGCUGGAAAAUGUGGCAAUCACGGAUCCGGCUUAUCAGAAUGGACAAACUCGGAACUCUCAAUCCGAAGCUGUCUUGAGCCCUGCGCCUAUUGGUAUCCCUCCUCCUCCACCAGUGGGCGGUCCAACUCAGCCGGUCCAACAGGCGCCCUCAGCCAGUUCUCUCUCAGUCGAGCAGAAGAGAGAAUCCGCCCAGUUCACUCCCCUUCCAUAUAAUCCUGCUGCCCCCGCCGCUCCAGAACCCAUUAAGCACCGUGAGAAGACACCACCUCCUCCGGAUGCCGCUAACGGAACUGGUCUCGCCGCAGCCAUGGCAGCGGACAAUGGCGCCCCUUACCAAGUACCUACCCAGACACCAGGCUACGCGCCUCCUCCACAGCAAGCUCCACCAGAAACCUACGGCCUCCCGGGUGGUUAUGCGUCACCGCAUCCCAGCGCAGGCCUCACCCGCACCGGCUCUUUUCCACCCCAGGCAUCCCUUCAGACCCCUCCCACCGUCCCAUCCUACUCCCCGCAAGCAUCUAUCCAGAGCCCGCCCAUAUCUACCUACCAACCCUCAUAUCAAGCCCCAAUUAAUCCAGCAAACCCAACCGCGCACCCUUACGGUGCCCAGCAACAACAACAGCAACCGCAACAACCCCCUAGCUUCUACGGCACCCAGGUCCCCGCCAUAGCCGGCUACUCUAACUACUCCUACGACCAAUCCUCCAGCAACCCCGGAGCUCAACAUCAACACCACCAGCACCACCAUCAUCAUCACCAUCACCAGCCAUCUGGCUCCGAAUAUGACAUCCAUAACCAGAUGUACCGGCCCACAGAGUCAGAGGCGAAUUCGCACCUGCAAGACCAUGCGAAACUUGCCGUUCAGAAUCAGGCGCAGAGACCACGGAAGCUGGAAGAUUCGGCUGCGAGGGUCGAGAGUAGCGUUAAUCGGUUCUUUAAGAAGUUGGAGAAGAGGCUCUGA